ACGUGGCGAGUGUGGCGACGUGCAUACGCUGCAUACGUGGCGCUGUGGUAGCAACAUGCCGCUGUGAAGUGGCGAACGAUCGGUGAUACGGGCGCGGAAAAGCAUAUGUCAUUUUUAUGAUUGUACAGUAAAAUUCGAUCGAAGAAAAUGAGGUGGCUCAGCUCGUGCGUAUUCCUCGUCAUAUCCGUCGCCAGCGUGCGUUGUUACUUCAUCACUGUGGACGCCCACGCCGAGGAAUGUUUCUUCGAUAAAGUCGAAUUCGGCACCAAGAUGGGUCUCACAUUUGAAAUAGCAGAGGGUGGAUUCUUAGACAUAGAUGUUAAGAUAGUCGGUCCAGAUGGUAGAAUGAUCUAUCAAGGUGAGCAGGAGAGCAGUGGAAAGUACACGUUCGCUGCGCAUACUUCGGGAAUUUACACCUAUUGCUUCAGCAAUCAGAAGAGCACGAUGACGCCAAAAGUAGUGAUGUUCAAUAUGGACAUUGACGAAAAUCGGAAACAGUCGGAGGACGCCGCUGGUGUAGAGGGUCAGGAUGGAGAUGGCAAUCAUGGAAAGUUGGACGACAUGAUCAAAGACUUGAGUACCAGCUUGUGGGGUGUGAAAAACGAGCAGGAAUACAUGCAGGUGCGGGAUCGCAAUCACAGGGCGAUCAACGAGAGUACAAACUUCCGCGUCGUGAUGUGGGCGUUCUUCGAAGCCGUGGUAUUGGUCUGCGUGACGAUAGGUCAAGUCUUUUACUUGAAGCGAUUCUUCGAGGUACGGAGAAUCGUGUAACUUAGGGUAAACUAAUGAUACACUACGUGAAUCAACUGUACAUUUUUCUAUGUAAUUAAAUUAUAUCAUUCACGAUAAGUCAUCGCUACCGUAAAUGUGCAUUCUCCACUUUAUCGAGGGCAAACCCGAACUGUACAUCGCCUAGCAUUAAGGUAUCUCCUACGUCUGUAAGGUUUCUAAUAAACAAAGAAUUUGUAAUGGCUCAAGGCUUCGUGCAAUCGCGAGCGUUUUCACGACGGUGAGAACGUCAAAAAAAAUAUGAUAUGAUUGUAACAGAAAAGAAAUAUACGUGUUCUAUACUUUCUGUAAUUGCCAGUCGUUAUCUUCGGCUGGCGGUAUGUAUUGUAUAUCCGGUAGUAUUCCAUUUUGUACUUACUUAUUUGGUAAAACAUGCUUUUAAUUAACGAA